AUAUCCGUGUCAGCAGCAGACUGGUGCAUGUUGUAUAAGGAAAUAAAUUCUCUUUCACUUUCAGUUUGAGUCUAACACAAAAAAGGGUUUACAGUUUAGAGAGACGGAGACAGAUAGAGUGUGAAGAAAAAGUAAGAGAAAAAGUAGAGACAUUUACAAAAUAGCGUAUUGGAGAGUGAGGGGUGAGAGAUUGUCAGCUGCAGGUAUUAGACUGACAGACUGAUGGGUAAAAGUCCUGUAGAUAUUAGACAGACUGAUGGGUAAAAGUGCUGUAGAUAUUAGACAGACAGACUGAUGGGUAAAAGUCCUGUAGAUAUUAGACAGACAGACUGAUGGGUAAAAGUCCUGUAGAUAUUAGACAGACAGACUGAUGGCUAAAAGUGCUGUAGGUAUUAGACAGACAGACUGAUGGGUAAAAGUGCUGUAGAUAUUAGACAGACAGACUGAUGGGUAAAAGUGCUGUAGAUAUUAGACAGACAGACUGAUGGGUAAAAGUCCUGUAGAUAUUAGACAGACAGACUGAUGGCUAAAAGUGCUGUAGGUAUUAGACAGACAGACUGAUGGGUAAAGGUCCUGUAGAUAUUAGACAGAGGUGACAAUUUUUGUUUGUUAUUGGACUUUUGGAUAAAGUGAAGCUUUAAAACUAAAUUAAAGAAACCAGUGAAUAUUGUACAGAAAGUGCACAGAGGACAAGGAACAGAGAAUCACAUACCUUUUUGCUGUGACAAACUAAGGGUGAAGAUGGCGCCGGUUCCAGCAAUGUCCAGCCCUGUCUGUCUGAUUGAGAACGUCAGUGGUAGUAAACUGCGCACAAACCCACAAGCUAAGAAGAUUCUGGAGAACAUCUCACAGCCGCUGGUGGUGGUGAGCAUUGUAGGCCAAUAUCGCACCGGCAAGUCUUAUCUGAUGAACACUUUGGCUGGGGUAAAAAGCGGUGGCUUUGCUUUGGGUCACACAGUAGAAGCAAAGACAAAGGGUAUAUGGAUGUGGUGUGUCCCUCACCCUACGAGAAAAGAUCAUAUGCUGGUUUUGUUGGACACAGAAGGCCUUGCAGAUGUGGGAAAGGGGGACAAACGUAAUGAUGAACAGCUGUUCUCCCUGUCUGUUCUACUGAGCAGCGUGUUAGUCUAUAACAGCACGGGGACCAUAGACCAGGAUGCAAUGGACAAGCUGUACUGUACAGCUGAGUUAUGUGAGUAUAUUGUAGACAGAGCAUCCAACCAAACUGAUGAACCUGAUGGCGUAAAGGACCUGGGAGAUGGGGAAUUAGUUCCUCUCUUUGUCUGGGCGGUGCGUGACUUCUUUCUCAAGGUGGAAAUGAACGGCCGGUCUGUUUCUGAAGAUGACUACUUGGAAGAAUCUCUGAAGAGUAUCACACCUGUAAAAAGCAUGAAGACAGAACAGAAGAACAAUAAAAGAGAGACACUCAGGAAGCGAUUCCCUAAAAGAAAAUGUUUCCUUUUUGAGAAUCCCUUUAAGAAAGAAUCGGAUGCAAUGGAGCAAGGUUUACAGAAAAAGCUUCAGCCGGGGUUUGUAGCGAAGACGAGAUCCUUCUGUCAAUUCAUAUUCGAGAACUCAGAGGCUAAAACGCUGAGCGGAGGUCAUGUCUUAACAGGAGUCCUUCUUGGACAUCUGGUGGACUCUUAUAUCAGAGUUGUAACCAGUCACAAUGUUUCUGUUUUGGAAAAUGAAAUGAAUAACAUCUUCAUAGAACACAAUAAAUCUACUUUGCAAUCAGCUAUUAAUGUGUAUCUAGAGGAGAUGAAAUCAAAGUUUGUGGACAGUAAAAAGGAAUUUCAGCAUUUGCAUGAAAUCUCCAAAGAAAAGGCUCUCCGGCUUUAUAAAGAGAAUCCGUUCACCUCCAAGGAGACCAGUGGGACUGAUGAGCUUCUUAAGACAAUUAAAAACCAUGGAGAUGAGAUUUGGAAGGACCGUGAAGCUUCUUCCCAUAAGAAAUGUAAAGAUCUUAUCAGAUGUUUGUCUGAAGAACUGACAAAAGCGAUAGAAGAAAAAAAGUACCAUGUUGCUGGAGGACAUAAAAAAUUUGUCCAAGACAAAGAGGAUCUAAUAAAGAAAUACAACAUGAAACCUCAGAAAGGUGUAAAGGCUGAAGAGGUUCUACAGCAGUUUGUGAAGUCAUUGGAGGAUGUGGAAAUGAUGAUUAUUCAAUGUGAUAAAGCAAAAUCAGAGAAACCAAAGAGACCGCGUGAUCGUUCUGACUUUAACGGACUAGCGAAGUACAUUUGUAGUUACAGACUAGAAAGUAAAGGUUAUCACCGCGUCCUCAUACAGCUCUUUGGGUUUGCCGGACAUGGGAAGUCAUCUUUUGUCAAUUCCUGCUCCUUUGUUAUAAAAAAUGAACCUUACGGGAACCUCGCUGGUGAAGCCAAAACUGAUGGAGGAAAAACCAUAGAUCGAAGAGGAUACAACCUGACAAAAUAUAUCACCAUAGUAGACAACCGUGGCUUUGUGAGAAUGAACUCAUCAGAGUCCUGGGAAGUUUACGCACAGCUGUGUAACUGUGUGCCAUUAAAUCAGUAUGUGAUAUGGGACAGGAAUCCUGAUGAAAGACUUAAACAACUAACUAACGAGGAGACACUGCCUGAUCUGAUGGUGCCAGUCUUUGUGUACAGCUCAGAACAAGAUCUCAAUACAGAGGAAUCUGAGAAGAUCAAAGAAUUCCUAAAAAAUGCUCAGAAGCUUACAGGUAUUUUGCCCUUCAUCAUACUAACUAAGAAAUUAAGCGGAAAUCCACAAGUUCUGGAUAAAAAGUUUAAGCAGAUGGGAAUGGAAAAAGUAUAUGCUUUAGAGAACUACACGAUGUCUGAUCACGUUGCAGUACGAGGAAAACACACAGAAAUUCUGAAUUUUUUUGCAGAUGUCCUGGAAUAUGUUGAUUUUCUUUAUAAAGGUGCAGAACCCUCAAAACAGAAAAUACUGGAAAGAAAAGAGUUUCUUAGAUACAUGGCAUUUAAGUAGUAAUAGGGCACAUAAUUACUGAAUGCGCCACCAAUAUGUCGGCAAGGAGCAAGUGUAACGAAGACGCAUAAACAAAGUGUUAUUAUUUCAUUAAAUGUAUCUCUAUUGUAGUGUCACAUUAUUGUGCUUAAAAAAUGCUUUUUUAUAUCACAUUUAACAAUAAAAAUAUAUAUUAAAUGUCAUCAAAUUGUGCCAACACACUUAUAUAUAAUCCCUCACUGAUUAAGUAAUUGUAAUUAGUAAACUAAAUAACUAGACUUUUAUUGUACAUGGAAUAUAGUUAUUUAAAUAAAAAUAUCACAAUUAUAUAUGUUAACAUUUGUGUGUGUACGUUUGUGUGUAUAUUUGUGUGAGUGUAUGGAUGUAUGUGCGUGCAUUUGUGUAUGUGCGUGCAUUUGUGUGUGUAUGUGUUUUUGUGUGUGUGUUUUUGUAUGUGUUUGUAUGUGUGUGUUUUUGUGUAUGUGUGUUUUUGUGUGUGUAUGUGUUUUUGUGUGUGUGUUUUUGUGUGUGUAUGUGUGUGUUUUUGUGUGUGUGUGUUUUUGUGUGUGUUUUUGUGUGUGUAUGUGUGUGUUUUUGUGUGUGUAUGUGUGUUUUUGUGUGUGUGUGUGUGUUUUUGUAUGUGUGUGUAUGUGUGUGUGGAUGUUUUUGUGUGUGUGUGCAUGUGUGUGUAUGUAAUUGUUUUUGUGCGUGUGUAUGCAUAAGUGUAUGUGUGUUUGUGUGUGUGUGUGCUUGUGUGUAUGUGUGUUUUUGUAUGUGUAUGUGUGUUUUUGUAUGUGUAUGUGUGUUUUUGUUUGUGUAUGUAAGUGUUUUUGUGAGUGUAUGUGUGAGUGUAUGUGUUUUUGUGUGUGUAUGUAAUUGUUUUCGUGCGUGUGUAUGCAUGAGUGUAUGUGUGUUUUUGUAUGUGUAUGUGUGUUUUUGUGUGUGUAUGUGGGUUUUGUGUGUGUAUGUAAUUGUUUUUCUGCGUGUGUAUGCAUGAGUGUAUGUGUGUUUUUGUGUGUGUAUGUGUGUUUUUGUGUGUAUGUGUGUUUUUGUAUGUGUGUGUGUAUGUGUGUUUUUGUAUGUGUGUGUGUAUGUGAGUUUGUGUGUGUAUAUGUGUUUUUGUAUGUGUGUGUGUAUGUAUGUGUGUUUUUGUGUGUGUAUGUGUGUUUUUGUGUGUGUAUGUGUGUUUUUGUAUGUGUAUGUGUGUUUUUGUGUGUGUAUGUGGAUUUUGUGUGUGUAUGUAAUUGUUUUUCUGCGUGUGUAUGCAUGAGUGUAUGUGUGUUUUUGUAUGUGUGUGUGUAUGUGUGUUUUUGUGUGUGUAUGUGUGUUUUUGUGAAGUGUGUAUGCAUGAGUGUAUGUGUGUUUUUGUGUGUAUGUGUGUUUUUGUAUGUGUGUGUGUAUGUGUGUUUUUGUGAGUGUAUGUAAGUGUUUUUGUGCGUGUGUAUGUGUGAGUGUAUGUGCGUAUGUGUAAAUUAUAGUGCAAAUUGUAAUCAAAUGAAGCAAUAAAUAUUUGGCAAAUUAAAGGCACAAUGUAAUGCAAUAAUAAAAUACUUUGAUCAAUUA